AUGAGCGAGAGCCUUCAACACACGCUGGACCGGGUGCGUCGCCCGCGCGUGCAGAUUACUUAUGACGUCGAGACUGGCGGCGCCCUGGAGCAGAAAGAACUGCCGAUGGUCGUUGGCGUGAUGUCCGAUCUCGCCGGCGACGCCGAAGAGACGCCCAAGGCCGUGAAGGAGCGCAAGUUCGUACCGAUCGACCGCGACAACUUCAACGAAGUGCUCGCCAAGACCGCGCCGCGGCUGGUGAUGAGCGUCCCGAACCGCCUGACGGACGAGGACACGAACCUCUCGGUCGAACUGAAGUUCGAAGACAUCACCGACUUCGAGCCGCAGAACGUCGCCAAGCAAACGCCGGCGCUGAACGCGCUGCUCGACGCCCGCCACAAGUUGCGUCAGAUCCUCAGCACGAUGGAAGGCAACGAUUCGUACGCCGACUUGCUGCGUGAAGUGUUGACCAACCCCGAAGCCGCCAAGUCGCUCGCCGACGAGUUGGGCGACGGAAAGUCCGAGUGA